CAAAGGUUGAGGUGGCUGGAAACCAUAAAGUAACCCGGAGUGGUGAACCGAAGAUGUCUGACACUGCAGAGUCCCCAACAGAAACGCAGAAAGAAGAAACACAGCCGCCGUCUGACGACUCGACGACAAAUGACGAGAAGAAGAAAAUCGAUGUGCUGUUGAAGGCAGUGGGAGACACUCCUAUAAUGAAAACAAAGAAGUGGGCAGUGGACAGGGGGAGAACAGUACAGUCUCUUUCACAAUUCAUAUCUCGCUUCCUCAAGCUUGAUGCCAAUGAACAACUAUUCAUCUAUGUUAACCAGUCUUUUGCCCCCUCACCGGAUCAAGAAGUAGGGGUCCUCUUUGAUUGUUUUGGAAGUGACGGCAAGCUGGUUCUACAUUAUUGUAAAUCUCAAGCCUGGGGUUAGCUGCUUUCUACAAGUACAUUUUCCCUCCUAUCCCCAUCCUUAACUUCACAAACACGACAACACAGUGUUGUUUUUCCCCUUUGCCGUUUACUGUCUUACAGGUUUUUUUGUAAAUACACUGUAAAUAAAUUAUUGUGACACAUCA